CGAGCUGUCACACCUGUGUUUGUUGUUUACCCGUGCCCGCACGUUGUGUGUAUCGAACUCGCUCGGGAUGAAGACGGACAAUAAAUCACACUCACACCGUCCGAAAGGUGGUGGCCAACGGAACCGAGGUAAUGCCGGCCAAGGCAAACGGAAGGACAAAUUCUUCCUCGAUGUUCCAAAGUCGGAAAACAAACCGUACCAACAGCAGCGGAACCAAAAGGAUGGUAGUGGUGGUGGCGGUGGCAAUGGACGACCAUUUGGAAAGCGUGGUCCGGGCGUGCAGAAAACGGUAGCGUCCAAGCCCAAGCAGCAGGGACACCGGCAAGGAGGCGACGGUAAAAAGCCAUCGUACAACAAAAACAACCCCAACAGCAAACACAACAAGUACAGCAAACCACCGGGAGGCCGACCACCGGGCAACAAAGGCAAACCGGACGGAAGGAAAGGUGGUGGUGCAGCGCAAUCAUCCAGCGAACCGCCGCACUUUGAAGGCAAACCGGAGAAGGUGAACUACUGUCUGGCGCCGGACCGGCUGGAGGCACAGGCGCGGGCAAUUAAGCAGAUCGAGCGGCAGGAGCGGGAGGCGGAGUUCGAGCGGAAGAAGCAGGACCGGCAACUGAAGCACAAAAAGAUGACGCAGAAGACGCGCAAGGGCCAGCCGGUGAUGCAGGGCCGGCUGGAGAUGCUGUUCGAGAAGGUGAAGAAGGUGGUCGGUGUGCAGUAGUGAGACGAGUGAGUGAUUGAGUGAGCGAGCCUUGGUAUGUAAUCCCCAUCCUUGAGUGUGGCCUUGAGAAGGUGUAAUAAACAAUGCUUAAUUCAAUAAGGUAAA